AUGUAUGUACCGCCUCUAACACAUUCUCUCCCCAACGGCAAGGCCAAGCAUAUCCUGGAUAACGACAAUCCCAGUUUCAUCAAGCAGCUCGACGAGGUGAAGCUAGGUAUUGAUAAUGGCAAACAGGCCCUCGAAACCGCAAUGGCCAAGUCCGAUCGUGAGAUGAAGAAGAUGGAGGAGUCUUACAACGAGAGGGCCCAAGAGGUGGAAUCUUUGGAGGGGGAGGUCAAGGCCUUGAAUCGUCAAAUUACUGAUCCUGUCAAUGAAGCGGCUUACAACAAGAAGACAACCCUCAACGGGGUCGGCUGGGAUCUUGUCGAAGGGGAUUAUCCUGAGUUAUUGUCCUCAAAACGACCUCAGCUUCAUGGUCUAUCGAUGGCCCAUCUGUCACAGCGCCUUCUCAACAUUUCGGUAGGCGCUCAGAAAUCAACAUUGUGCCAAAAGAUAGCCCUGAGAGCCCUUCAUGUUCCUAAAGGUCUCUUGCGUGGUUUUAGCGCUCGUAGAUAUGUAUUCAGGGGUCUGUCAUCAGUUUAG